AUGAUGAUAUGUCAAUUGUCAGUUAGCGAAGACGCCGAUGUUUGUUUGUACUUUUGAGCGACCUAUAUUUUCAUAUAUUUAUCCGUUUUCAUCUUGUAAAACAAAUAUUUUUACAUUAAUAUUUACGCAAAUAGCUUAAAGUCAGAUUUCAAUAUGUCUAUCGGUGUGCCUAUUAAAGUACUUCACGAAGCUGAAGGCCAUGUAGUGACCUGUGAAACAAAUACCGGUGAAGUGUACCGCGGAAAGUUAAUAGAAGCUGAAGAUAAUAUGAAUUGCCAAAUGACCAGCGUCACUGUAACUUAUCGCGAUGGACGUGUAGGUCAAUUGGAAAAUGUUUACAUUAGAGGCUCAAAAAUUCGUUUUCUAAUUUUACCAGAUAUGUUGAAAAAUGCUCCUAUGUUUAAACGACAAGGGAAUAAACCGACUGCAGGUCGUGGGAAGAGUGCUAUAUUACGAGCACAAGCUGCUGGUCGAGGCCGAGGGGGGGGAAGAGGGGCAGCAGGCCAUCGUGGUGGGUGGCAGGGUGGCUCAGGACCUUCACGACGUUAGAGUGUACUUGAAAAAUGUGAUCUAGCCACUAAGUAACUAAUGUAAGAUUUACAUUCAUUUGCUAGUAAUUGUAUUUCUAAUGUAAUACAAAAUUCUGGUGUUUUACUAAGUUUAGUUUAAAUAUAUAAUAUCAUUCAAGUUGAAACUAUGAUUAUUAUUAUUGUGUGGUAUUAGUUGUGAUGUAUAUAUGAAUUUCCCCUGUAUCUAUAGUUGAAUAAAACUGUUCAGGUUAUUUGUGUGUGGACUUAGUUUCUGCAUUUAGACUCACAAGGUUGAUUGUGCGUAAAGUCCUGGCUAACUAUGCCAGCCUAACUCCUUCCAUAAGCACAAUGGCUUCACGGAGCAACCUCACUGUUCUGAGUAUUUCUGGUUUAGCAACAACCUCGCAUUCGAGGACUAAGUGGGUGACUGAUUCCUAUGCGCUGAAACAGCUUCUGCACAUUGGGCUGGUAGUCGCGCCCAGGACAAAAAGAUGUUAAUUAAGUUAUUUAGGUUUAAAAGUUGCCUUGUCAUUAGUUGUUUAAUUGCUGGCCGAGCCGUUUUGUACUGCCUUCAGUCCGCGUUUCGCGACCAUCGUUGAUGGUGGAGUUCCAUGGAGCUUUGGCGAAUCCAGGUUGGCACUUGCCAGGACAAGGAAAGGAGCUGGUAUGGCCCAGCUGCCAUCUUUUGGAAUCUCUCCCGAGGUUUCUGUUCAUUAUUGUAAUUUAAUACAAAUAUAUAGCGGACCGUAUCUCCUUCAUUUUUGGUUUCUUCUAUCUAUGGUUGCCAUAGUCAUUUCCUAUGAUGAUUGACAUGUUUUUUUUAUAUUAAUUAAGGACCGCUACGUACUAGCCUAUCGGACACGCAGUCGGUCAGAUAUGUGACCGUGUAGCUAGGUAGCAGGGGAGUGUCGAAGUCUCCCCUUUCUUAAAAAGGGACAUUAUUAACUAUGAGGGCUGACGUCCCACGCCGGGCCCGGGCGACUACUCCGGAAAUAUCGUCAUGAUAUUUAUGGCCGAGUCGGAGCUCGCUGACCGGCGUCACCCGCGUUACCUCUCGUGCUAUUAAUGUCAGUGACAUGUUUGAUAUUUUGCCGCAGAAUUUUUCCAGCUGCGAUCUGUGCUUAAGCAACAUGUCGGAUAGCCCAUCCCGGGAUACCCUCGUGCCAGUCUCGAGCUCCAGAUCGCACCUGGCCCUUUCGAAUGUUGCACA